UUGAAAAUUGGAGGAAUAGGAAGUUUUUUUUUUCAGGGAACGGCACGCAGGAAGAAAAAGGUGGUCCACAAGACAGCGGCUACGGAUGACAAAAAAUUGCAAAGCAAUCUCAAAAAGCUCUCGGUAACAAACAUUCCAGGCAUUGAGGAGGUGAACAUGAUUAAGGAUGAUGGCACAGUUAUACACUUCAAUAACCCGAAAGUUCAAGCUUCUGUGCCAGCAAAUACAUUCUCGGUAACAGGAAGUGCUGAGAAUAAGCAGAUCACAGAAAUGUUACCGGGUAUCCUGAAUCAGUUGGGUGCUGAAUCGCUCACUCAUCUGAAAAAAUUGGCAAACAAUGUGACGAAUCAGUUCAAAGCGAACGAGGAUGAAGAUGUCCCAGUUACGAAACAUUUUGAUGGAAGCACAACGCGAAUACUUGGAGCGAACAAGAGAGAAGUGCAGAAAAAGAUGUGUGUGUAA